AUGCCUCCCAUCCCCAGCUCUAGAAGCCCCCCACCUCCCACCUCCAGCAGAGAUCCCUACGGCCAGCGCCUUCGCUCCCGCCCAAUCCGGGAGCUCCGCAGGGCGCGGCUGCCGGUGGGCUCGGGUGCGCUGGGGCGGGGUCCGCCCUCCCGACCUCCCCAUCUUCCUCCCCACCCCCAGCCCAAAAAGGAGGGGGAGGGGUCCCAAAGCCUCACCUACGGCUCCGCCCCUCCCCAGGGGCACUCUGCCCUGCCCAGCCAGGGCCGGGAGCGCAGAGCCCGGUCGGAAACGACAAAUGCCUCGGCGCCUGCGACCGCCGGGCAGUUCGAGGUUCCGCCUGACGCGAGAGCGGCUGCCGACUCGGCCGCCUUACUCUCCUCAGGGCCGCCGCUGCCGCUGCCGUUGCUGCUUCUGCUUCCCGGACAGCCUGCUGCCGACACUACCACAGCCGCCACCACUGCCGCCGCCGCCACAGCCACAGCACGACCGGCGCCCGCGACGUCACUACGCCCCGCCCCCCGCGCACACCUAGCCCCGCCCCCUGUCGCCCGCGCGGCGCCCUUGCCCCGCCUCUCGCUCUCGCGGGCCGCUGGGCUUUCCCUCUUCCCACUGGGAAGCGCCCCGCGACGCGGCUCAACGGGACCGCGCCGCAGGAUCGAGAAGUGCGGCACUUCGAGGCCGCUAAGAUUCUCAAAGUAUUCUCUUCCAAAAUGCACUUGGAUCAUCACAGUUCCUUGGGCACGCUGAAUGGAAUCCCCUUCAGUGCAUCUAACAUGACAACCAAUUGUUAGAGUGUGCAACCGCCAGAGAAGAAUCUUCAGAUAUUUCAUUUCUGGAGCUGGGAAGAUGGCUUAGUGCAUAAGAUCAUUUGCUCUGCAGGCAUAAGUUUGAAUCCCCAGCACCCUCAUAAACCCAGGCAUGGCUUCAAGUAUCAAACACCAGCACUAGGGAGGGAAGACAGGUUGAUCCCAGGCAAAAGAUGAACUUCUGAUUCAGUGAAAGACCCUGUCUCAAGGCAACAAGGCAGAGAGCAAUAGAGGAAGACACCUGAUGUCAUACUCUGGCCAUUCUUCAUGGACCAUCUUUCCAGACCCUUCUCUGUAUAGUAAGUAAAGAAGAGCUUGCCUUGCUAUAGGUGUCUCUGUUGGGGUUUCUGUUUGUCUGUUUGAUGCAUGCUCCAGGUUGUCCUGGAGUUCAUCAGAGUAGCUGGUCCGGUCUCCCAGAUUGCAAGCAGGCGACACUACAUGUGGCACUCUCCUCAGGAUUUGAAUGUGCUUGGCCCCUGGCCCCCUUCCUCUUCUCCAGUUUCUCUCCUUUGGAAUGAAGGUAUCUGUCCUGUGUGUGCCCCACUUUGUAUCCUGGAAACAUGUGACUCAUCUGCUUCUUAGCUUGAGAGAAUCUCGCCUCAGGACGGCCCAUCUCAAGUAUCACCCAUAUAUAAUUUAGAUAAUAUACACACAGGACGCUUCUUAUCUGAAGUGCUGGGACCAGAAGUGAAUCAGUUUUUCAAUUUGGGGGUGGAAGUAGAUAGAGAGAUACACUUGAGGUAUCUUGAGGACAGAACUCAACUCGAAGCAUAAAGUUAAUUUAUCUCAUAUAAACCUUUUUCAGCAAAUAUAUCCUGACAGGCAUGCCAUGCAAUAGUUUUUUUGGUUAGUUGGUUUGAUUUGGUUUUGGUUUUUCAAAACAGGAUUUCUCUGUGUAGCCGUGGUUUACUUUGUAAACCAGGCUAGCCUCAAACCCAGAGAUCAGUCUGACUCACCCUCCCAAGUGCUAGGAUUAAAGGCAUACACUGCCACCUCUGGCUCAUGCAGUAGUUUUAAUUUGCGUUUAAAGCAGGGUUUUAUAAUGUGAAAGUUUCCACCUUUCAGCUUUUGCAACAUUCCACGUUUUUUAUUAAGGACAUUUCACCUCUCUUUAUUUUGUUUGUUUUUGUUUGGGGAAUUUUUAUUAGAUGCCCCCCUGCCCAGGUGGGAAUCUCACUGUAUUACCUAAACUGUUCUUGAACCAGUUUCAAAUGAUACCCUACAAACCCCGAGCCUCCUAAGUGCUGGAACUGCUUGUGACACCCCAUUAACCUGUGUUUAGUUAGAUCAGAUUGUGAAUUUAGGGUUCAUGUGGAUGUAAAUGGUCUCUUGGGAUAAAUAGGAUGCAUUUUUAAGUCACAGCAGACAUAAAUCUGAGUGGUCUGGAGACAAAGUUAUGCCGGUCGAGUUAAGUUUUUGAAAUUAUAAUCCUCAAAGAGGUCAUCUUCAGUCUGUGGCAUGGCAGCACUAACCAACUAAUAAAAAAGUCAAGAAGCCUGACUAUAAUAGCCUAUGUCUAUAGUUCAAGCACCUGAAGGCUGAAAUUUGAGCAUGAAGUCAACUUGUACCAUGUAAUCUCAAAAUGAAGUAAAAAGAAGCCGGGAAGUGCCUAAGACAUAUAAAGGGGGAACGUGGAUUUGAGAAAACAGUUUGUAAACCAUAGCUCUUCCAUAUCUAGAAGUCAGUAAUACAGACAAUCCACAUUUAAACUGAGGAGAGAAUCUGACUAGCUACUUCUCCAAAGAUAUCCAGAGAGCCAAAAGAACGUGAGAAGUCACUUGACACAUCAGUCAGAAUUCAUUACAGGCCAGCCAGAGAUGGAAAAAAAAAGACAGUCUCGGCACUCAGGCGGCCAAAGUGGCAAGGGUGCCAUGAGUUUGAAUCCAGCUCAAGCUACAGAGUGAGACUCAGUUUCCAGAGCAGUAGAGGAUGUAGCUCGGUGGCGGUGUUUAUCCCAAAAAUGGGAGGAGAAAGGCCACAGAACAAAAUCAUGGCCAAAUUCACUAAAGCAAGCUGUUUUAUUUGUGUACAGGGGCUGCCUUCCCUGCCCCCCAAGGCAGGGUUUAAGAGGUCAGCAAUGAAUGUGAAGGAAAGGCUUGUUUUCAUAGCUCAGCAGUAGAAGGUUCCUAAAACAGGCAGAGCUACGGGAGCAGAACAUUAUAACAAGUCAGUCCUAACGGCCUCCUGAAACAGACAUGGUAGUCACAACAACAGGUCAUCAGAACAGGUUGUCGUAGGUGGUCACAGAACCUUUUGAAACAAAAGUAGGAUGUUUUUGAAACAAAGGCAUGAUUGCUAUUUCUGGAGCAGGCAGUAUAGAACCUGUUAAGGUUACAGGUGGGACAUAGCCCAGUCCUCAAGAAACAAGCUUAAUCAUAAACAGGAGCGAACCUAGUUUGUUUUUCUCUAUAAGAUGGCUUUUGAACCUAAGUUGGAGGAAGGUGCUUGUUACCAACCUGAUAAGCUGAGUUCAGUCCCCAGGACCCACAUGGGGAAGGAGAGAGCCAGCUCUUUAAAGUUGUCCUCUGACUUCAAGCGCUUCCUGUGCCAUGUGUCCACACAUAUGCGCAGCAUAAAUAAGUAUAAUAAAUACUUAAAAGAAUCACUGAUCCAGCUGGAGAGAUGGCUCAGCAGUUUAGAGUGGUGACUGCUCUUCUAGGGGCCCCGGGUUCAAUUCCCAGCAUCACCAUGGUUGUUCACAACCAAUGUAACUCCAGUUCCAGAGGAUUAGUCCUCACACAGAGACACCUGAGGUGAAACAUCAAUGCACAGAAAAUAAAAAUAAAUAAAUCAUUAAAAAAAGAAUUACCAAUCUUUAAAAGUUAAGUUACAUUAGCUACAUCAAAGAGCAAGUGCUGUAGAGGGUUAGCUAAAGAAGGCAUCUCAAAUGGUGAACAGAAAUAAAAUGGUACUCUCGGCUACUGUGGCUCCUAAGACGGGCAAGAUCCGCUCGCUAACCUGGGCAACUUAGACCCUUUCCUAAAAUAAAAAGUAAGAAUUGGGCUGGAAAUUUAGCGAGUGGUAGGAUGUUUGCCUCAAAUGCACUGGAGCCCAGACUCAAUAAGUACCACAAAAAAUUAUCUUUAUCAGUUGUCAUUCGUUGGGUUGCUAUAAAUGCCACAGACUCUCGGAUGGCUUAAAAGAACAGAAAUUUACUGCUCCACAGCUCUGGGCAGAGGAACUAGCUCAAUGGAUUGAUUAGAACACCUGAAACCCUGGGUUCAGUCCCUAGUUCUUCAAACCUCAGAACAGUUCUGAAGUAUUGAGAGCCCUCUGAAACCUGUAGAGGAGCCUUCCUGCCUUUUCCUGGCUUCUGAGGAUUCCCUAGAGAUUCUUGGCAUUCCUUGACUUGCAGUUGCUGAUGUCAGCCUCUGCCUCCUUCCUCACUUGCAUUCUCCCUCUGGUUGUUGAAUGUCUUCUGUGUUUGUUUUGAAAAAGGGUCUGACUGUGUUGCCCAGACCAGCCCUUGAAUGCCUAUGCUCAAAUAAUCUUCACACCUCAACCUCCCAAAAAGCAGGACCUACAGAUGUGGCCUGCUGCCUGCUGCCUGCUGCCUGCUGCCUGCUGCCUGCUGCCUGCUGCCUGCUGCCUGCUGCCUGCUGCCUGCUGCCUGCUGCCUGGUUUCUUCUCUUUUUAUAAAUACCUCCUGUGUGAGUCCAGACUCACCCUCUCACCCUGCUCUAGCAACAUGCUGUCUUUUUGUGAUCUAUCCUCUCCCCUGCCCUCUAGUUUUGUUUGCUUGCUUUGUGUUGUAGAUGAGCUUUUGUUUUGCUUUGCUUCCAUUUUUAUUUGAAGCUAGGUCCUUUUUAAAGAUUUAUUUUUAGUUAUGCUAUAGUAAAAGGCACUGUAUUGCUGGGCUAGAUAGUUGGCUCAGUGGUUAGGAGCACUUGUUCUUGUAAAGAACCUGGGUUCUACUCCCAUACCCACGUGGAGGCUCACAACCAUCUCUAACUCUAGGUCCAGGGGAUACAAUUCCCUUUUCUGACCUCCAAAGAACAUAGGGCACAUACAUAGUGCACAGGCAUAUAUGUAAAAUUAUAUAAUUGUUAAUGCAGUGUAUUAUAAUUGAGUUUACUAAGCUUAUAAGUGUAAUUUUUAGGUGUUGGGGAUUUAGCUCAGUGGUAGAGCGCUUGCCUAGGAAGCGCAAGGCCCUGGGUUCGGUCCCCAGCUCCGAAAAAAAGAACCAAAAAAAAAAAAGUGUAAUUUUUAGAGUUUUUAAAAAUAAUUUUAAAAGUUUAUUUACUUUUAUGUAUCUGGGUGUUUUGCAUGCAAAAAAUAUCUGCAUAUAUGUAUGCUGUAUCUGUGGAGGCCAGAGAGGGUAUUACGUCUCCUAGAACUAGAUUUGUAGAAGAUUGUAAGCCACCAUGUAGGUGCUAGGAAAUGAACCUUGGACCUCUGGAAGAGCUGUCAACCAAGAUUUUCAACUACGGAGCUGUCUCUCCAGCCUCUGAUUUAAAAAAAAAAAAAGAAAGAAAGAAAGAAAUUAAUUAAGCUAACUUUUACUGAGGCUUAUAUUGUGACACACAAAUGCAUUUCAACAGCAAAGGAAAGAGAAAUUAUUCCAAGACUUAAGCUCCUAUAACUACCCUAAAACAAAUUACUCUUCACGGUUUUGUUUUAUUUUUUUCCUGAUAAAUCUAUGCAAGUUUUCAAUAUUAAAACCUUAAUUCGGGGCUGGGGAUUUAGCUCAGUGGUAGAGCGCUUACCUAGGAAGCACAAGGCCCUGGGUUCGGUCCCCAGCUCCGAAAAAAAAGAACCAAAAAAAAAAAAAAAAAAAAAAAAAAAACCCUUAAUUCGGAGUUGGGGAUUUAGCUCAGUGGUAGAGCGCUUGCCUAGCACGCGCAAGGCCCUGGGUUCGAUCCUCAGCUCAAAAAAAAAAAAAAAAAAAACCUUAAUUCUAGGGGGUGGAGGGAUCAAAUCUCAAGCCAACAAAAUGUCAUCAGAUCUCCUGGAUUACCAUUCAAGAAUAAAAUCCACCAUAAGCAUUGUUCCUGGAAAUAGGGCAAAGUGACUCAUUAGGAGCUAUGCUCAUUACAGAAUCAGACUGGUACAGCUGAUUGACAGCUUCCUCAAUGAAACAUUCGAUCAACAGUGUGCUUAACAGUCAAACUAUCCUAACCACUCCACUUCAUAGCAAGUAGAUUCUGAGUUCGGAACACUCCGUGUUUGAUUCAUAGCUAGAACAAGAUAUUCAUCAAUUCAGAAUGACUAUGAGGACGACAGUAAGAAAAGUCAAUCAAGUUCGCUCUUUUCUCAAUUGCUUAAAUCCCAGAGUAUUUGCAAAUAAUGCUAACAAGGUGCCAACUCUUGAAGCCUAGAUUUCUAGUCCAUUCCGGUUAAAUAUUUUCAGAAUAUUGCAUAGUUUCAUCUGUUCAUAUAUUUUGCCACCUGGUUAUCUGAGGAAGUUGGGUAGUCCAUUCAUUUGAUCCUGUAAAUGACAUGGUAAAGGAAAACCAGGAACAGGUGAAAUCAGAGGAGAUCACGUAUGUCUUCGGAUUGUAGAACGUGUAAGUCACAAAAUGGAAAAGCCACUGUUCUCCUUUGAACCCAUGCUUUUACAGUGGAAAUCAGUGCAGUGACUACUAAAAGUGAAUGUUAGGGUGAUGACUUAGCCUGCUUUGACUUGAGUGGUAAAUCCUUUUGUGCUGUUCUUAGCAAGCAGGAUGUAAUACUCCAGUAGAAUAUAGUUCCUGAAAAGCCUAUAGCCUCCAUAGAGUUCUCUCAGUCUAAGUCUCCAGGACUCCUCCUGCCAUUCCCACAGGAGGCUCAAUUCUUUUUCAUUUUUUUUUCUUUUCUUUUUUUCGGAGCUGGGGAUACAGGGCCUUGCGCUUGCUAGGCAAGCGCUCUACCACUGAGCUAAAUCCCCAACCCCUCUUUUUCAUUUUUGAGACAUCCCCAUGCCCCUAAAAGAAAAUUUAGCCAAGGGACCAGGCCUGAGUGGGGACCUGGGGUAUAAGAUUAGUACAUAAACCCACAAUGCAACAAUAUAUUGCCUUAAAUUGAGAUGGUUUGGGGUUUUGUUUUUUGUUGGGGGGGUUGGGGGUUCUCUGUUUUGGUUUGGGUUUGUUGUGAAGAGCAAACACCAUGGUGAGGGAUGAAGACAAUAAGACAACAAAGGUAAGACAGUUACUGAGACAGCAGUACACAAAGAAGCAACCAUUUUCUUUUUCCUUUUCUAUUUAUCUUUUUUGGUUUCUGUAAACAGUGUUUCUCUUUACAGUCUAGGCUGUCCUAGAACUCCUUCUGUAAUCCAGGCUGGCUUCAGAGAUUUGUCUGCCCCUGCCUCCCCAGUGCUCCCCACCACCACCCCUUUAGCAAUCAUUUUUAUGAGAAGUUAACUGGUGGGGGGGGGGCCUAGAUUGCCAUUGCAAAACACACCUGUGUGGAUUAGAAAUUUAUUUUUAAUAACAUUAAUAGAGAAUGUGUUCUAGAAACUGUAGGUAACUGGGUAUAAAGUUCUGAAGACAGUUUAAUAGAACAGUCCCAGUUGGGUAACCCUGCCAACCUUCAGUGAGGACGAAAGCCUUGUCUGUGGGGAAUUUUGGAUGAUGUUUGCAGAAAUAUACUAUGUAUAAACAGUCAGCAUUUUCACAAAUACUAUAAAGUUUCAUAUAAUGGUUUUCUGCAUGAAUCUUCGUUUCACUGCAGGAGUGGCUUAGAAUACCCAAACAGAAGAGAGCUUGCAUUCAAGAUACCUAACUCCUUCGUAAAGAUAAUUCAUACAAUUCAAAAUAAUUACACCAUCAUUAACACCAGGUGUUGGGGUCCUCGUGAUCUGUAGUUCUUUCCUCAAGCACAAACCUUGACCCAGAUGUGGCCCAGUGACUGCAGGCACGAGACCAAGCCCAAGAGGAAUGUUCUCUGGAACAAAACAAAGCCAAGUGGACAGAGAAAUACCAAAGGAAGAACUCAGAUAAGAGGAAAGGAUAUUUAUUUGCCGGGAAGUGUGGAAGGAAGAAUUCAAAUAAGGGGUCAAAGAUACUGUUUGCUCAAGCUCUGCUUACAAUGCUGCUCUGGUAGCCAGGUAAACAAUACAUAAGCAUCAGAAAAAUAAAAACUAUUCAUUCUUGAAAUGAA